AUGGAACAUGCCAGCCCGCGCACGAGGGCCUGGUCCGUCGCCAACUCGAUUUACUCCUUCUUCUACACACCUGUUCCGCUUCCCGCUUCCCCGUCCUUUGCCUGUCCGUGCACCGGCUCCGGCACCAUCGCCCGAUUCGCCCUGCACGUGCCUGCCCUCCUCACUGCCCGCCUGGCCGACCACAACAGCGCCUCCAUGUCCCUCAUCUAA